AUGGCUUCUCCCAAUGGCUCCGCCGCGCCGCCUAACCGCGCAUCCCCUCUCCCUAACCAAGCGACCCCCAAUGGCAACUCUGCCUCGCCGCUAGUUGCGACCAGCAAUGCUAUGCCGAACGGUGGCCAGAGCACGCCGCAAACCGUCUCGUCAAAGGACCCCAAGGCGGCAGCACAGGCGGCCAGUGACAUGCGCAACAUUGUUCGUCGGAAAUUGACCGGAUACGUUGGAUUCGCCAACUUGCCAAAUCAAUGGCAUCGUAAGAGUGUGAGGAAAGGUUUCAACUUCAACGUUAUGGUCGUUGGUGAGUCUGGCCUGGGAAAGUCGACUCUGGUGAACACACUCUUCAACACCUCGCUGUACCCACCAAAGGAGCGCAAGCAGCCUUCUCUAGAUUUCGCACCAAAGACCGUUAGCAUUCAGUCAAUUUCCGCGGACAUUGAGGAGAAUGGCGUUCGUCUUCGUCUGACUGUGGUCGACACUCCUGGCUUUGGCGACUUUGUGAACAACGACGAGUCGUGGCGACCAAUUGUUGAGAACAUCGAGCAGCGCUUCGAUGCUUACCUGGAUGCGGAGAACAAGAUCAACCGGAUGAACAUUGUCGACAACCGCGUGCACGCCUGUGUUUACUUUAUCCAACCCACUGGCCACUCCCUCAAGCCUUUGGAUGUUGAAGUCAUGCGCAGACUCCACACCAAAGUCAACCUCAUCCCAGUCAUUGCCAAGGCCGACACCCUCACCGACGAGGAGAUCGCUUCUUUCAAGCACCGCAUUCUUGCCGACAUUCAUUACCACAACAUUCAUAUCUUCGAGGGACCGCGCUACGAGCUUGAUGACGAGGAGACGAUCGCGGAGAACAACGAGAUCAUGUCCAAGGUUCCAUUCGCRGUUGUUGGUGCCAACGCCGAGGUCCAGACCCCAGAAGGUCGCAAGGUCCGCGGUCGUCGCUACCCAUGGGGUGUCAUUGAGGUCGACAAUGAGGAGCACUGCGACUUUGUCAAGCUUCGACAAAUGUUGAUCCGAACUCACAUGGAGGAGCUCAAAGAGCACACCAACAACUCAUUGUACGAGAACUACCGAUCAGACAAGCUCACUUCCAUGGGUGUUGCCCAGGAUCCAAGCGUGUUCAAGGAGGUCAACCCAGCCGUCAAGCAGGAGGAGGAGCGUUCGCUACACGAACAGAAGCUCGCUAAGAUGGAGCUUGAGAUGAAGAUGGUUUUCCAGCAGAAGGUGCAGGAGAAGGAGAGCAAGCUUAAGCAGAGCGAGGAAGAGCUUUACGCCCGUCACCGGGAGAUGAAGGAGCAGCUCGACCGACAGCGACAAGAGCUUGAGGAGAAGAAGGCGCGGAUCGAGAGUGGCCGACCUGUCGAAGAGAAGGGCCGCAAGAAGGGUGGCUUCUCGCUCCGCGGCUAA